GAUCUUGUAUCUGUCUGAAAGCGUUCAAGAGCAGUGAAACAAAUGGCGGCGUCUAAAGAAGUUAUUUCCAGAGGACGGCCAGUGGUGAGGACGUCCAAAAGAGCUGACAAAUCAUCUCAGAGCUUUAUGGAAAGACUUCCGUCUGAGAUCCUGAUUAAGAUUCUGUCAUACCUGGAUGCCUCUGCUCUUUUCAGCAUCAGCCAUGUCAAUAAGCUCUUCUACCGGCUUGCCAAUGACAAUGCUCUGUGGAAUAAGAUAUACAUAACAGAGUUCGGCAAGAAUGAAAAGCAGAAAUCCAAGUGCAUGGAUGAGCUGCUGCAGAAGAUGGCCACAGCGGAGCUGCAGGAUCGUGCUGCUGGCUACUGGAAGUGGCUGUUCUUCAAGACUGUAGCUGCAUGUGACAUGAACAAGUGGAAAAGACAUCUUGGACUCAUCAGCCGUCACACUGGGCUGCCCAGUCAAACAGAGCGCGUUCUCAGGAACUUGCAUGUCACCUGGGAGCUGACGGUCUCUGGUAAGUCAGGGCGUGAGGGCACAUUGGAGCUGAGCUGGUCCCAGUUCUGUGAGACUUCUGUGUGUCUGUGCUGGAGCGGAGGAGGCUGCUUGCCCAACUACCAGCAGAUUUCUACCCUUCAGCUUCACGGUGUCAGGAGGGUAGCCCUCAGCUGCCCCGGCCUAAAGAAACCUGGCUGGAGGUCCCUCAUGGCCAAGUUGGACUUGCAGACCUUAACUAAAAGUACGCAGGUCAUUGGUCAGGACAGACUGGUUGAAUUGAAGCUGCUACAGCCUGGAAUCAUCAUCGGUAUCUGGAAGGACCAGUGCUCUGUUGGCUUCAUCAUGUUCACCCUCCACUUCCACAGACUAGUGGAAAGAAGCAUCCAGGGAUCUUCUGUUUGCCCCUAUGUGGAACCAAUGGUCAAGCCCCCUUUUGAUGACAUAGACCCCGAGUACGGUCUCCAUGGUUACCAACUACACAUUGUUCUCCACAACACUGAAUGCAAGCUCAUGUCCGCAAGCUUUUCCCAGCUCUUCUGCCUCAGAACUCAGAUCUGUGACGGACUGAUCCAGCUGACUGCCAUUAACAUGACGAACUUGUCGCAGCACACGCCUCUGUCGGGCAACAUCACCCUGCCCUGGAGGUGCGAGGCCCUGCAGGGAGUUGUAGAGAAUUGCUGUAUCAUGAGUCUGACCCUGCUGGAUGAAUUCAGGAAACCCUUUUGGUGUGUCAGCUCUCCUGUUUCCAUGAGGCUGGACAAGACCCACGUCUCCUACGACUAUGAUGGUGAGCACUUCUUGAUCCACUAUCAGGACUCAGAUGGUCAGGUGAAGAUAAAACUUGAAUGGAUGAAGGAGGAGAAGCGGUUUGUUGUCAUCAGUUUAGUUGUCUAUGUGAGUGUUUCUAACGUGAAUAAGCAAUUCGGGAGGGAUUACUGA